AAGUAUCUCUGUAUUGUCUAACCCUCAUUCCCUCACUGUGAGACCCAAUUCGUUUUCCUUCGCUUGUUCUUACUCUUCUUUUUCUAUGUUUUUCUCCUUCUAAACUUGUCUCUCAAAUUAUUCUUUUGGUUACGAAUUUUGACUGCAAUUGAGAGAGUAACAGAGGGAGAGAAUGGAACAGAGCACAAGCGAUUUCUACGAUUUCGAUGAAGACGAGAGGGAUGUCAUCGGAAUUUUGUUGGAGCUGCCUGAAUUGAUCGCUAAAUCAGAAAAUUCUCCUGAUUGGGGAUUUCAAAGAAGAAGAAUUGCAGUGCCCAACGGCUCCACUAGGCCUAUGGUGGUUGAGCCACAGGAACCCAAUGUCAAGGCGAUCCAGGCUACGACCCCUGUGACGCCCCUCUCGCUGUCUCUCAGUGAAUCCGAUGGGAAUCAUGAGUGCUCCAAGCGAAGCAGCUCUCAUAAUAAGAAAUUACGUCACUACCAACCGUCGAUGGUUGAUCAAACGGCUCACGGACAGUCUCCACCCGUGUUCCAUACACUUGACCUGAAUGUCUCUCCUCCUCCGUUAGAGCACUCUGUCCAAGCCUCACCAGGGGGUCCUUACUUGGCCUAUAUCAGAUUUGAUGGUGUUUUAAGAAACAUGGGUAUUUGAUAGUUUAUAGGUUUUAGAGUUUAAACAAUUAUCUAUCUCCUUUGGUGUUGAAGUUAAGUUGAGCCUUUUAGGUUGUACAGUCCUAAUCAGAUUGAACAGCCACAUUUUUCGUGA